AUGGUUGCCGAGUACGAAGUCGUUGAAGAUGUGGGUCUUGGAAAGGGAAUGUUGUCGACGAUGCAGUUGAUAAAUGCGGAGGAGUACGGAGGAAAAGUGCUUUUGAAGGUCCCCGGAUGCGAAGGUACCCGAGAACGUUUCCUGAUCGACGACAACACAUUCUGUACCCUACACAACACUGAAGUUGCAGCCUAUACUUUCCUCGAAAGACAUCAAGAAAAGAACAUUUCCUAUCCAAAAGUGUACGAACUCGAAAAAAUGGACACAACUGCGGAUCCCAUCAAACCAGGACAUAUCAUAAUGGAGUAUAUGAGAGAUAUUACGCAUAUGUAUUGUACUGAUAAUUUGAAACCAGAAGAACUGGAAGACGCUGUGAAGAAUCUGGCAAGAUUUCACUCGAUUGGCGCUGAUCUGACAGAAGAAGAGAGCAAAGAAGUCGUCAGAGAUUUCGUGAAGAGUUGGUUUACAAAACUAUUCAUUCAGUCGAACAAGGACUCGUUCAUCGGAAACUGGAAAGGAGAAUUGACGGAUUUGUUGACAUCUGAAAUGGCUAAAAAUACUAUUGGAAAACUAGAUGGGAUUUUGACCCCAGAAAAUUUCGAGAAAUGGAAUGAUGAUUGUCAGAUUUCCGGUGUCCAAGAAGUACUUUGCCAUGGAGACUACUCCUUUCACAAUCUUCUCUACCAAAAGCUUCCCGAUGGAUCUUUCAAGUUCAGAGCUAUCGUUGAUUUCCAGAGUGUCAACUGGGGAAACGCCGCUCAAGAUCUCACUCGUCUAUUCGUCACGGCUUUGGGAGGAAAGGAUCGUCGAGAUUCUGAAGACCGACUUCUCAAAGUUUAUCAUGAUGAGUUGACGGCAGCGUCUGGUGGAAAAGCUCCGUUUACAUUUGAGCAGCUUCAACAAAGUUACGCUAGAUUUUUCCAAUUGCAUGGAGCGAUCGUUUGUACUGUGACUCCUGGAUUAUUCCUCACUUACCUGGCAGACAGAGAGGAUGGACCGGAGAAGGAUGCGGCUAGUUUUAAAGAAAAAAUUAGUCUAACCCUAAUUUUUGAUUUUCAGUUCCGUGACAAAAUGAUGGAGAAAUAUCAAGCGCUUCUGGAGGACCUGAACAGGAAGCAUGAUUUUUAA